AACAUGCUUCAGAGUGUCAAGUUGGUGAUCGUAAUUACGAGGAAGGUGAAAUGGUUCGUGACAUCGAUUGGAAAACACCAUGCGAUAAUUGUUUUUGUGCCAUGGGUGCCGUCAGAUGUGUCCCAUUAGCCUGUGCACCACCACUUCAAGGUUGCAGUCCAAUUGUCCGUGACGGACAAUGUUGUCCGUCUACCUACAACUGUAGCGGUAGCAUCGAGGUUAAGGCCACCCAGAACUACGCUUCGUAUGCCUUCAUCAGCAAGGACUAUGCCAAGUUUCGCAAGGAGACCAAUUUCUUCCCUGCGAUCGACCGUACGACAACGUUUCCACCCGUCGAAGGACGAGGUCAUCGAAUAGUGGAGGAACGGAUUGAUGGUAGGACGAUCACCGUCGAUGGUGAAUCCUCUGUUACCGAAGACUCGACAUCCUGGCCUUCGACCUUCCCAACCGAAAUAAUGGACAACGAGAUCCUGAUCGAGACGAUGCCUUACACGAGAUCAAUCUUCGAAGCCAGUCUAUCAACCACUUUGAACGACGAGGUAUUAUCGAAAUUGGACGAAUUCAUUGAGUACGUUAAAUGGGAAAUCUUUCUUUUGCAGAUAACCACGAAUACAGUACGCACGAUACCGGAUUCGAUUUUGUUCAAUAGAGACCUUAAUGGAACCACCGAGUUUUCCAAGACCUAUUCUACCAAUGCCAUUACGGAAACCUCGUUCGUUAUAGCCAACGAUUUACCAUCCACCGAAGAAAUGACGACAUCGACGUUCGAAUUCACGACGGUACCUACACCUGAUACCUUUUCCAACGUCUCGAAAAAUGACGAUUUAAAUUCUAACAGAAUGAAAAAUAAAGACGAUCAGAAAUACGUGAAGGAAAAUACAAUGGAGAUAAACGACGAAUUUUCAACUAAAUUAGAAAUAACUACGGGCAUUUUGGAUAAUGAUGAAAACACGACAGGAAAUAUCGAUAAAGGACCCGUCAGCGGUUCAUCGUCGACUAUACUCAUGCCGGAUGACAUCCUAGCGGUGAACGUGACAGUGAAGACGAAUGUCUCGGUAGGCCAUAUACAGGGUGUCACGAUAAAUCCAAUUAGAUCCAUCCCGCCGGAUGUCGAGGCUAUUCUGAACAUCACUCAUCGUGAGAAGGGUGAAGACUAUAGCGAGUACGAUUACAGUGCACCGACUUUACCUCCGUCAUUGCCCAACGUCAGGAUAAUUCCAUUCGUAGCUGCUGAUGCCUUGGUGAAGGACAAAGACGUUUCAUCGGCCGUCACAGGAUAUCCUUCCGGUUCGGUAGUCGUGCCUCCUGAAUUGCGGCCAACCGACACGUCUGGCUUUUACGAUAUUGCCACUCAGGAGAACGGGUUCAGUCCUCCUAUCGAGACCGAAGGUGGGUUCGUACCAAGAGAACCACCUUACUUUGAUAGCUCCUAUCAUUCGACGGAUUUAAAUUUGGAAAUUGGUACCGGCGUAACUGUGGUGCCGGCACAGAUUACCGGGCCUCAUCGUAAAAACGGUGACCUGGCCAGUAAUUGUCUCUUCGAAAGCCGAGAAUAUCGUCACGGAGAGAUUCUACCUAGUACCAGUAUUUGCAUAAUUUGCAUGUGCUAUUACGGGAACGUCGUGUGCUCUGGCGAAAAGUGUCCACCGCUUAAGAUUGGUUGCCAGAGGCUUAACACACCGGAGGGAUGCUGUGGAAAAAUCACGUGUGUGAACGCUGAGGAAUCACCGACAGUGGUUCUAGAUCGAGUCGAUUCAACCGCACCUUCUCAACGACAACCUAUCGUAUCUCCUGAUCCCUUUCGCGACGUCAUCAAAACGGAACCAGCCCCGGAUUUGCCUUCUCUCAUGGAAGACAUGAUCCCUUAUCUGGUUGAGCACGGUAUCACAACGUCUAGGCCAACCACGUCAAUGACGACACCUCCUAUAUUACAAAAUCAAGGAUCAUCUCAACAUAUUCUAAAGCAUACUUCCAAUUUUGAUUACAUGGAUAAGUUACAUUUGAUUCAUGCGCCAUUCGAUUAUGGUCAAGAAAUCGACGUUUCUUUAAAACCACCGAAAAAUGAAGGAAACUUUAACGACACUUUGGUUAAUAAAUAUCCAACAUCGUUGAUUUAUCAAAUGAAAGGUGAUCCUAAUAAUUCGAAUAAUUACAAAUUGGACGAAUUAAUUAGAGUACCGGAUACAGUUACUAUUUCAUAUAAUAAUAAUAAUAAUAAUAAUAAUACAUUAUCAAAUAUCACCGAUAUAAUAUAUAAUACGAAUUCAAGCGUGCGGACAAAUUCAACGAAAGAUAUCGAAUCAAGUGGAAUCAAGAAAGGCAAUGUCAGUGUUGCUGACUCGACUAUUCGACCACCCACGUCGUCGACUAUGAAAACACUCGAGCACAAAAAGGAUAAUAUAUUCUCCUUCGGUAGUGUCCUUGACUUUUUAUUCUCAUCGGAUGAUAACUCUUAUUACAAGGAAGAUUCUAACGAAAGCAUUAGUACAAUAGCAUCAAUAAUUCCUACAUCUAAUUCUACUAAUAGUCAUAAUAAUAAUAAUAAUAAUAAUAAUAAUAAUACUAUUACUACUACUACUACUACUACUACUACUACAAUGAUCUCAACAACAAAGAAUAUAUCUUCAAGUGAAACCGAAGAACUUUCAUUGAAGAAGGAUCAGGAAAUUCGCAAUCAGGACGUGAAUUUCUCCUUUAUUAAGACGAACUUGUCAACGGCCUUAAGCUCGACAAAGUUCGUUGAUAUAACGACGACGGUGAAAUACGGAAACAACGACGACAACGACAACGACGACGACGACGACGACGACGACGACGACGACGACGAGGUAUCCUCGAAGAUCCUUGACAACGAAAUACCCGUAUCCGUGAGUAGUCUUCUUAAGUUAGCAGGAUGUAAUAUCUACGGGCGGAUGUACCGUGUCGGUAGGAUCAUUACCGAGCUCUCAAGUCCUUGCCGUGAAUGUAGGUGCACGGAAAUUGGAGUCCAAUGCAAACAACUUCGAUGUUGAUCAUAAUCGAUUAUUUUACACGCAACAAACAAACCGAUGAUACUCUAAACUUGAAACAACAACAAUUUUAACGUUUUUUUUCUUUUUUUUUUUUUCUCUCUAUCCUUCUUCCCCUAUUCUCCUCGUUGUACUUUCUUUUAUUUCGUUCUUUUAUUCGGAUCUCUUGUCGUUUUUUUUCUUUAAAUCAUUAUUAUCUUUUUUUUUUACUAAGGAAAAAUAAAAAUUUGACAAAUUGAAAAGAUAUCUUGGAUAGAAGAGAGUUCCUUGGUUCUCUAAUCCUAUAUGUACUAUAUAUAUAUAUGUAUAUACAUGUAGUCAGACUUUUGGUGUCAUCCUGUCUCCUCAAGAAAGUCCAAUCUUGAAUUUGAUCUUCUAUUAUACCGUACAAGAUAG